CUUUGGUUGAUUCUUUCCUUUGAGGUUUUUAUUCCUACAUUAUAUCUCUUAUUAUGUCAUAUACACGCUCUCUUUAUCGUCAGUUAUUAAAAGAAAUUCAUUUACAGUAUACCAAAGCAGCCAACAGUGACAUGUAUGCCAAUGAACUACGAUCCAUUUAUCGACAAAACCAAUCCAUCACCGAUCCUGCUACCAUUACUUCUAUGAAUCAGACUGCUGCUGAUGUUGUCAGCUUUUUGAAAGCAUCUCGGCAACACAAGGAACUUCGAGAAAAAUAUUCUAGUGUGGUCUUGGAACAAAAGAAAAAGAUCGAAAUGAGUGCCAACUUGGUAGGUUUACAAUUACCUGAAGAAUAUGAUCCCAAUUCACCGAAACCUCUUGGUGGUACUGAACAAGCUGUCGCCGAUCGUGUCAACAAAGCCUUUACCAAUCAAUAGAAACUUUUUUAUUAGACAUCUUUUGUUUUUUUUGUACUAUUUUGAAUCAAUAAAUUUCAUACUUUUAUAAACACAA